UUCCUAUGACGCAAGGCAUGGACCAGCGGCAGACUUGCUGAAACGCCAUUACAACCGAGCAAAUAACGUCGAAAUUUGUUUGCUACUGGAUGAGGUGGUUUGUUGAAGGAAAAAAAAAAAGUUAAUCAGCAAUAUAUUUCCGGAUUUUAAUAUUUAUUAGCACGGAAAACGACAUUUGAAUUUUCAAAAUGUCGUACAUGCUCCCACAUCUCCACAAUGGAUGGCAAGUGGAUCAAGCCAUCCUCUCUGAGGAGGAUCGUGUUCUAGUCAUUCGUUUCGGCCAUGACUGGGACCCGACUUGCAUGAAAAUGGAUGAAGUGUUGUACAGCAUCGCUGAGAAGGUGAAAAACUUUGCUGUCAUUUAUCUGGUGGACAUCACAGAGGUGCCAGAUUUCAACAAGAUGUAUGAGCUGUACGACCCUUGCACAGUCAUGUUCUUUUUCAGGAACAAACACAUCAUGAUUGACUUGGGCACGGGUAAUAACAACAAGAUAAACUGGACAAUGGAGGAUAAGCAGGAGAUGAUUGAUAUUGUGGAGACGGUAUACAGGGGUGCACGAAAAGGAAGAGGUCUGGUUGUCUCUCCAAAAGACUACUCAACCAAAUACAGAUAUUAAUUCAUGCCACCCCCUUGUUCUAUGUGGUGCUUGGAAAUAUCCAUGCUUGAGACACCUUGGACAAUUGGCCUUGGAUAUUGAACUUUGGAGAAGCAGGACUGUGGAUUGACUUUUCUUAAAAGAAAUAGCUUGUUCAUAAUGCACAAAUAACUUGAAAUUGCCUAUCAGGAUAAGGACAUCACUUCAGAUUUUUGUUCCUUUUAAAAUGGAUUGAAUUGAACAUUUUUGUGUUUGAGGUAAUUCUGCAUUUUAGUACUGUUUGAAGAUCUGUUUGUCCAUUGUUUUGUUACAGUUGUGUUAUCCACAGUAACCUGUAAAGUAAUUAUACAUCACUUCAGUAAUCACUGAAGUGAUGUAUAAUUUUGACAUGUUAUGCUAAUGUGUUUUGGUGUAUAUUGUAUGUGUAUAUUCUCAUUUUACAAUGAAGAGCAUCAAGAACCAUUCUAAGCAAUGUUUUUUAAUCAUUAAAUGGUUUUAUUCAUUUCCUAAAGUGACUUCAGCAUGGGGGGGGGAGUCUUUUUCCAUACAAAAAUAAUCAAUUUUAGCUCCAUCAGCCCUAGCAAUGGUGUAGCCUUCAUGAUGAGAUGAAACUGAUGAACUGAAUCGUUAUUUUCUUCUUGGUUUCAUGAGGAAUGCUCCACCUGCUCAAACCACAUUAUUAACAAAAAAUGGAGCACUGUGGCGUCUUCGUUCUUCUUGUCUUCUGAAAAUGGAAUAAAGAGCAUUUCGUAGAGUACAUUCUUGAAUGUUCUCAACUGCAGGGACAAAAGGUUUGAAAUUAAGGUGUAUGUGAAGAAACUGGAGUCAGGAAUUCCAUUUGGAUGCAAAUAUAAUGCAACACAUUUUACCUUAAGGUCACUGAAUUUGGCUCCAAGACCACCUGCAAAAAAAGGCCCAGAUUGAAGAACUUGUCUAUUCUAGUAUCUCACCAAAACAUUUCUAUUUAGGAAAAAUUCCAAAAUUAUUUUUGACAUCUGUUAAUUAAUUUUUAAUUCAUUAUAUUUUGCUUAUUCUGACGUGUUCAAAUAAAGACUACAUAAGCUUUCUUUCAA